GGAUAUUAUUGAUUAUAUAUUAGAAUUGUUUUGUUGUGGUAAAAAUUUGAAAAACGAAUAUUAUAAAAUUACUCCAGGUUUAGUCAAAGUAAUAUAUUGGAAUUAAUGACCUAGUUAACUAGAAAACUUCCGGCUUGUUUUUGGUCAUCUUAUAUCUUCAUUAUUCAUUGGCGUUAUUGAAUUUAGUGCAGAAACAUGCUACCACGACCUUAUUACACUGAACAAGAUAUACGAAAGCGACAAAUUGAUACUUUAAAAAUUUUCAACGCUAACGUAACGGAAAUAAAAGAGAAUGCCGAAUAUAGAGUGGAAUUUUCUGCUGAAGGGAGAAAUAUGAGUUUGAAUAUUAUCUUGAGUCCGGAGUUCCCGAACGAAAAGCCCGCAAUAUUCGUAAACCCAGUGUUUUCUCACCCUUGGAUAGCUGACAAUACAAAUCAAGUCAUCGGUGCACCUGGAUUGAUUAAUUUCACACUGCACUCAGACCUAGGCCGUGUUGUUCAAGCUAUCACAAGGGAGUUCCAGCGAACAGUGCCUGUGGUGUCGGGCCAAGAGGACAAGUGCACAGACACCAGCCCGCAGUCGCAGCUCAGCUCACAGUCCAUGGUGUUCCCAGAACUCACUGACUUUAGCAUUGAUGAACUACAAGAGAUAUUAGAAAAUCCUGAUUUACAGGACAAACUGCUCGAAUCAAACCCUCAACUGGUGGAGUUAGAUUUAGAGACAGAGGAGGUGAUGAACAGCAUAGAGCAGAUAGCGCAGGAGAACAUGGAGAAGCAGCAGAUGCUGGACGAGCUCAAGUCGGAGGUGAUAGAGCGCAUCUCCAGCAUUGUGCAGAUGAAAAUGCAGUACGAGGAGCUCAACAGGAAGCACCAGAAGCUGGCGGAGAUGUACGACCCGCACCGCAUCCGCGACUGUCUCCGGGAGGCGGCGCUUAAAGCAGAUGAGGAGUCAGAGGUUAUCGCAGAACAAUUUUUGUUAGUGCGGUGUUGGCAGGCAAGUUGCCGGUGGAGCGGUUCGUGUCGCGGUUCGCGGAGCGGCGCGCGCUGGGGCAGGCGCGGCGCGCGCGCGAGGAGCGCCUGGCGCACCAGCUCGCGCAGCUGCACAAGGCCACCUCCUAGCUCUCCUCGCUCUCCUCGCUCUCCUCGCUACCCCAACUACAUGUCAUUUAAUGUUGUUGAAACAUGUUUAUGUCUUUCAUUUGUUGAUUUAUUAUAUAUCUGUAAGCCCUAUAUGAUACUGGACAACAGUUAUUGAUGUUUAUUAUUUAAUAUAUCAACAUGAUUGCAUAUUUAAGAGAUUGGUAUCCACUUAAUAAUGUUUAGAGGAAUGAUUACUUUAAAAUACAAUAAAUUACAAACACAUCUAAGGAUGUUCUUUUGUAUUUAACUUCAUUAGGAUAUUCAUAAUUUAAAGUAGCUCUGAUAUAAUUUAGAAGUUUAUAUACAAAGAUAGUCUUCCGCUAGUAAUUCUAAUAAAAAUAAAGUGUCCAGU